GACGUACGGCUCCCAUGUCCACAGGCUAAGUGAGUUCUGUGGACAUAAGAAUGUCUCCACAGAAGUCAGAAAAGAAGAAGUUCCUCAAUCAGACACCAUAGAUUAUGCUCUCUCUGGACCAGAAGAACAAGCGGCUACAGGAACAGAAACUGACAAGAUGGAGGCCACAAAACCCGCCACAACGGGAAGUGGAUAUGUGGUGUACUGUCUGGAUAUCAGCGGAUCUAUGGGGGGUAUCACACGGCUUCCUGAACUACAAGCUGAAUGGAAGAAACAGAGAGAUGGGGAACAUGCUUCUGGCAGUAACAGUGUUACACGACUUCAGGCCAUACAAGAGGCACUCCUAAGGCAGUUAGAGAGACUGCACCUAGACAACCCAGACCGUCGAGUGAUCUUCUUAACGUUUGAAUCAAAGGUGGAAGUCUAUGGAGAUUGUUCAGAUAACACCAUACAAACUGUGCCUUCCAGCAUCCAUAACGAGUUUGAACCAUUACUGAGCUACGGAGAAAAGUAUUCCACAGAACACCAGAUCAAGCCUUUAACGGAAUCCUACCAGAAAAUAGUGACAGAAGUAAAUAAGCUAACGCCUAAGGGUUGUACCAGUCUUGGUCCCGCCCUCUCUGUUGCCAUGGGAAUUGUCAAUGGUUCCAUGGGAUCCGAGAUUAUUCUAUGUACAGAUGGAGCACCAAAUGGAGGCAUAGGCAACAUGAACAGGGAUCCCAAUUUCUAUGUGGAGGCUGGGCAAUAUGCCAAAAAGAAGAACAUCACUAUUUCUAUUCUUGCUGUGGAAGGGGAGAGAACUGGGUUAGAGAAAGUUAGCAAAUGUGCAGAUAUUUCUGGUGGUACUGUGAAUGUGCUUAAUCCCCUGGAAAUAUCCCGGCAGUUACGACUCAUCUCACAGAAUUACGUCAUUGCUACAUAUGUUACGGUCACUCUCUUUCUCCAUCCAGAGCUGGAAGUGGAUGACCCCAGAUUUCCUAAGGGCAGUAGCAAGAUAAUUAAGGAGGUGGGAAGUGCAACAAAAGAUACUGAUAUGACAUUCUCAUUUAAGUUGAAAAACCCUGGGAAAAAAUUGGACAUAGAAAAAAUACCAUUCCAGGUACAGAUUUCUUACACACUGAAGGAUGGCAGAAACAUGCUGAGAACCAUCAGUAAAUCACUGUCUACCACAGACAACAGACAAACUAUGGAGGAG